AAAUCUGACGUAAAAGACACGCUUUACGAUGUAGAUAACAUGGUUUUGGAAAAGUUCAAGUGAAACUAAUUAUUAUAUAAUAACAAAUCAACUUUUUAUAGCUAGUAUGUCUCAUCACACAACGCUAGAACUGCCUUCAAAACCAUUAGAAGACUACAAAUCAACCAUCAAGCAACCAACAGAUCAAGUAAAUGAAAAUAAAAGUUUGACAAACUUGCCAGAUUCUGUGCCAAUUAUGUUAGGGGGGAAUCAAGUUAGUAUGUAUUUAAUGGCUGGUGCUGCGGCGGGUAUUAUGGAGCAUUGUGUGAUGUACCCAAUCGAUAGUGUCAAAACAAGAAUGCAGAGUCUUCGACCAGACCCAAGGGCUGUAUAUACUAGUAUACAUCAUGCUCUUAAAAAAAUAAUGCAAACUGAGGGAAUAUUUCGCCCUUUUCAUGGUGUUAAUAUUGUAGCUUUGGGUGCAGGUCCAGCGCAUGCAUUAUAUUUUUCUAGUUAUGAACUUACUAAAAAAUUAUUUGGAAAUGAUGUCAAUGGAGCAAACCUUCCUAUUGCUAAUGCUGCUGCAGGAGCUGUUGCUACCUGUUUUCAUGAUGGGACUAUGAAUCCAGUUGAAGUAAUUAAACAGAGGCUGCAAAUUUAUGGAAGUCCCUAUAGGGGUGCGUUUCAUUGUGCACAAACCAUUUUAAAAAAUGAAGGCGUGGGUGCAUUUUACCGCAGUUUCACUACUCAACUUACUAUGAACAUUCCAUUUCAAUGUGUACAUUUUGUUACAUAUGAAUAUUUUAGAGAAUUAUUGAACCCUCCAGGUGGUUAUGAUCCUAAAACACACCUUUUAUCAGGAGCAAUUGCUGGAGGAGUUGCUGCUGCCAUCACUACACCUUUAGAUGUUGCAAAAACAUUGCUUAAUACACAAGAGCAACGUGCUGUUAGUGAGAUAAUAUCAAACAGCAAAGCUUUACAUAGUAAGGGAUUUGUAGGAGGUAUGUUUUCAGCCUUAAAAACUGUGUACAAACUUCAAGGAAUAUAUGGAUACUUUCGUGGUACACAAGCUCGUAUUGUAUACCACAUGCCUUCUUGUGCAAUAUCUUGGAGUGUUUAUGAAUUCUUUAAAAACAGUUUGUCACUUAAAAUUUCAGAUGAAGAGAUAAUGGAUCUUACAGCAUAAUUAUUAUUGAAAUAGUAGUUUUCAAAGUAUUUCACCUGGUUUGCUGUUGUGUUAAAGAAUGUGUUGGUGAAUUAGUUAGUGAAGCAAUUGUUGCUAAACAUCCAUUCAACUCAAUUUUGUAUUGACUUGAUUUGGAAUUUAGCUUAGAAUGCUUUGUUGCAAUUUAAUGCUGGUAAUUAAAAAAAUUAUUCAAAACUUUUUUAACUUUUUCAACAUUUUUUUUUUGUUUUGUUCUUGAUGAUAAUAAAUUUUUAUUAGUCUACAUAAAAUAGUUAUGAAAAUUAUUUGUAUGUGUUGUCUGCAUAAAGUGGUUAUGAAAAAUAUUUGUAUAAAAACUCGGAUAAAUUUACAAUGAAGUUCAAAAAUCUUUCUACUUUUAUUAAUUAGAUGUAAUUAAACAUAAAAUAUCAAGGAGAAACCGUUCUGAAAAA